GCGGCAUACAGUGUCGUAAAAGCGCCUGCAGCUCGUGCAAAAGGCUCAAGUCGGCUUCUUGGCUCGCGUCUGUCAGUGCCAAAAGGGCAAACAUUUGGAGUGGGCACAACCCCAAUUGAGAAUCAUGGCAGGAGCUGACGAUUUCAUGAAAUAUCGUUCACCACUGGUUUCAAGAUAUGCAAGCAAGGAAAUGGCUUACAACUUCAGUGAUAGGAAGAAGUUCACAACGUGGAGAAAGCUGUGGAUCUACUUGGCUAAGGCUGAAAAGGCUUUGGGUCUGCCCAUCACGGACGAGCAGAUUGUGGAGAUGGAGAGCCACGCGGAGGACAUCGACUUCGUCAUGGCGGCCGAGGAGGAGCGUAAACUCAGGCAUGAUGUGAUGGCUCACGUGCACACCUUUGCUCACUGCUGCCCUGCCGCGGCGCCCAUCAUCCACCUGGGAGCCACCUCAUGCUACGUUGGAGACAACACCGAUCUAAUUAUGCUGCGCGAUGGCUUCGACAUUCUCUUACCUAAGUUGGCAAGAGUCAUUGACAGACUGUCGAACUUUGCAGAGAAGUACUCGGACCUCCCCACACUUGGCUUCACACACUACCAGCCGGCCCAGUUGACCACAGUCGGAAAGCGGGCGUGCCUGUGGCUGCAGGACUUGACCAUGGACAUGCGAAACCUGCAGCGAGCCCGCGAUGACCUGCGUUUCCGUGGGGUCAAAGGUACCACUGGCACCCAGGCCAGUUUCCUGCAACUCUUUCAGGGAGACCACGACAAGGUGGAAGAGCUUGACAGGUUGGUGACAGAGAUGGCUGGUUUCAAAAGCGCCUACCUAGUGACUGGACAGACAUAUAGCCGUAAAGUGGACAUCGACUCUCUAUCCAGCCUUGCCAGUUUAGGAGCUACUGUUCAUAAGAUUUGUACUGACAUCCGCCUACUAGCCAAUCUGAAGGAGAUUGAGGAGCCUUUUGAGAAAGAACAGAUUGGUUCUAGCGCCAUGCCGUACAAGAGGAACCCCAUGCGUGCUGAGCGUUGCUGUAGCCUUGCCCGUCAUUUGUUGGCGCUGAUGGCUGACCCACUGCAGACGGCCGCAGUGCAGUGGCUGGAGCGCACGCUGGACGAUAGUGCCAACAGGAGGAUCUCCCUGCCGGAGUCUUUCCUGACUGCUGACAUCAUCCUCAGCACUCUGCAGAACAUCACAGAGGGUCUGGUGGUCUACCCCAAAGUCAUCGAAAGACACAUCCGCCACGAGCUGCCCUUCAUGGCCACCGAAAACAUCAUCAUGGCCAUGGUGAAGGCCGGAGGCAACCGACAGGACUGCCAUGAGAAGAUCCGCGUUCUGUCUCAAGAGGCGGCAGCUGUGGUCAAACAGGAGGGCGGGGAUAAUGACCUGCUGUCUCGAGUGCAGGCUGACCCUUACUUUGCUCCCAUUUUGGGACAACUUGAUUCCAUACUGGACCCCAAGACCUUUAUUGGGCGUGCCCCCCAACAGGUGUCCAGAUUCCUGUCUGAAGAAGUGCGCCCUCUACUGGAACCUUACAACUCCAAAAUGGAUGUCAAGAUUGAACUUGAGCUCUAACACGUCAAGCACAUUUGAUAUCUUGCUGAAGACAACGUGGUAACUUGAAGAAAGAUCAUGGUUAAUUUCUCUGCAAUGGUUUUCAAUUUCAACCUGCUGGAUGACUUUUUAAAGUUAAAAUGCCAAUAAAGUAAACAAACGAGUAAUGUGCCUCCUU